AUGCUGCAGCCGCAUGUGCUGAUGACGGAGCCCAUUGCGUCGCGAUCACACUUCAGCAUUAUGUACGACGACGAGAACGACAAGUUUCAGGUGAUGGACACCGGCUCAAAGUGGGGGACCUUCAAGACACUUGUGACGGCCAAGGGGCAGCCAGUGAACUGUGGAGACUGGAUCCGCAUCGGCAACGCCGAGUUGGUGGUCCGUUUCUGCGGUGGCGGCUGCAACUGCCACAGGCGCCACGCGCAUCAUCGGCUUCAUGCGCUGGGCGUGGCACACACCAUUUGUGGCUCAGGCUUUCGGCACGGGCGAUUAGACUUCGAGGUGCCGAAAAGGUCCUUGCGGAUGAUCGCCCAGGAGCACGAUAGCGAAGAGGAUGAGGGCAUGACUGAGAAGGUCAUGGGAAUCCUCACGAGCCGAACGCGCUUAAACAGCUCGUUGAAGAAUUGGCCGCCUGCCUCGGCAUUGUCGUGA